AGAAGGUCUCGACUCCGAAGCGGGAACACAAGAUCAGUCCCAGUGAUCUGCACCCACAGGAGCUGGCUGCCGUUUCAGCGUAGCCUCCUGUAAACCAGCUCACGCAGUGGCUCUCUAAACAGCGUGUCAUUUCCAGCCUCCUGUGUCUGCAUGAUGAGCAUCAGAAAUCAAUCUUAACAAUUUUAGUGUUUGCAACAACUCAAAAGAAUCUGUCUGUUUAACAUUUAGCAUUGAUUUCUGUGUCUCUUUUCAGACCCCUUAGGCACGCAAGCUGAUUGAAAAUCAACCACUGGGACCUGAUGGUGCUUGAGUGUCCUAUUGGGAGGAUUGGUUUUUUUUUUGCUUUUUGUUUUUUUUUUAUUUGCCUGUUGUGAACUCAAUCUGCUAACAGGUCUGAUACCAUUGGACAUCCCCGCUGAAGAAGUCAGAUUUUGCAGGAGUGUCUGUUUUGCAAACCUUGAUUCCUCAGUGGUGCUCUUUCUUUGGUCCUAAUCUUGCUAAAGUGUCCUUUUGGAGGAACCUGAUCUUGCUUGAGUAUUCUCUAGGCAGGAUCUCAGUCACAAGUAUCCUACCAGAAGGACCUGAAGCUUUCAUACUGGAUUGAAUUUGUGGGUCCUACAAAACUGGCUUAAUCACUUUGGAUUACUCUCCUGUAAAAGUCCGAUCUUCCAAGAAAAUUAGAUUUUGCAGUAGGCUCCGGAUCCUGCUGCAUUGUGUGUCCAGCCAGUGCAGAUGGGAAUUCAUCUUGCUCAUUAAUGAAGAGCUGAACUUAAUAGUCCAUCUAGGAAUUUUUGAAUCUGCUGGUGAAUCCUUUUUCAAGGAGCCUGAUCCUGCGAAAGCACCCCACUAGAAGUCUGUGAUGCUGGUGGGUUUCCAUGUCAGAACAGCCUGAAUAUUUUCAUGUGAAAUGGACUUGGUAACUUUCCUAAAGAAACUUAAUAUUUUUAGAGCAUCUUACUAGAAAAACAGAUUCAAUGAAAGUCCAUUGCAUGCUCCCUUUAUUGGAGUCUGACCCAGCCAGAGCAUCUUCGUUGUAGAGUAUCACAUAACUGCUGCUGUGCUUAAAUAGUAAGACUUCAUCUUGCUAACACUUCUGUAUUCAGGACAUCUUAUUUUGCCAGAGUGCCCAGUCUAUGGCUGCUGAAAUAUCUAGCAUUGCAAAAGAAUCGUAACCAUGUUAAAUAAGUGGACUCUGUGGACCUCCACUUUCAAUGUAUGAAAUUCUGCUAACUAGACAUAUUUUCAGAAUACUAAAGACUGGAUGAAAAUUGUGUCAAAUCAUUCAACCCAAGUCAUAGGUGAGGUGUGCUACACUUUUAAAAACGCAAAGGGUCAAGCCAGUGUGAAUGUCAAUUUUGUUCUUAGCUCCAAAUAUUCACACCUCUUUGAACCAUGGAAAAAACCUACUCUCUAACAGCUCACUAUGAUGAGUUUCAGGAGGUCAAAUAUGUGAGUAGGUACAGCAGUGGGACUCUGAGCAAUGGACUGAACCUGCAUUUGGGCAGCAGAAAAGCCAGAGGGAGUGGACUGCCCCACUGGAGCAAACGGGAGAUCUGCCUCUUAUCGGCACUGGUCUUUGCAGCUGGCCUAUGUGUGAUCUUGGGCUGUAUGCUGGUCCUGAAGUACCUCUCUAUGGAGCAGUGUCUGGAGGACUGCCAAAAAAAGAAAGCCUUCCAGAAAGCUUCUCAGUUCAUCUCCAAAAAUAUUGAUCAGACUAUUGACCCCUGUGUGGACUUUUACACCUUUGCAUGUGGAAACUGGCUUCACUGGCACAGCAUCCCUGAGGACAAGCUCAGCUAUGGCAUCAUCACAGCCAUAGGGGAGCAAAAUGAAGAUAAGCUGCAGAGGCUCCUGUUGCUGCCUAUCAAGAGAAAAGAAAAAAGCUCAGCAGAGAGGAAGGUCAAGGAGUUCUACCGGUCCUGUUUGGACCUGAGAGAGAUUGACCGGCUUGAUGCUAGACCCAUGAUGGAUGUCAUUGAGAGCUGUGGUGGCUGGGAUGUAACUAGUACCAAGAACAGUGCCACACCUGACUUUAACGAAAUGCUGUACAGAACACAGGGCAUCUACAGCACAGCUGUCUUUUUCUCCCUCACUGUCAAUGUGGAUGACAAAAACUCAUCAAGGAAUGCCAUUCGGAUUGACCAGGAAGGACUGACGCUGCCAGAGAGGACUCUUUAUUUGGGAAAAGAUAAUGAAACAAUCAAGAUUUUAGCUGCCUAUAAGACCCUCAUGGUGAGAGUGGUGACCCUACUAGGGGUGGACAAUGCAACCCAGAAAUCAGAAGAAAUCCUGCAGCUGGAAACUCGCUUAGCAAAUAUAACAGUUUCAGAAUACGACGAACAAAGGCGAGACAUCAGCAGCAUGUACAACAGAAUCACCCUGCGGCAGCUACAGAGGGCAGCACCCAGUGUACAAUGGAAACGACUCCUGGACCGAAUUUUUCAUGACAACUUUUCGGAAGAUGAAGAGAUUGUUGUCCUUGCCACUGACUAUGUGCAGAAGGUGUCAGAAAUCAUUAGCACGACACCAAAGAGGAUUCUGCACAACUAUAUGCUGUGGCGCAUUGUGGUGGCUCUCAGUGAGCACCUGUCCACUCCAUUCCGUGAUGCCAUUCACGACUUUUCUCGGGAGAUAGAUGGCACGGAGCAACAGCUGGAGCGGAGUCGCACAUGCCUGAACCAGGCAAACAAGCACUUUGGCAUGGCAUUGGGGGCGCUCUUUGUUGGAGAGUAUUUCACUUCAUCUAGCAAAAUCAAGGUGCAGCAGCUAGUAGAGGACAUCAAGCAUUCUCUGGACAACAGACUGCAGGAGCUUGACUGGAUGGAUGAUAAGACAAAGGAGGCAGCCCGAGCCAAGUUACGUCACAUGAUGGUAAUGAUUGGAUACCCGGAUUUCCUCCUGAGACCAGAAGCUAUUGAUGCAGAAUAUGAGUUUGAGGUCAAUGAGAAAACCUACUUCCGAAAUGUGCUCAACAGUAUUAAAUUCAACAUCAAGAUGUCUGUGAAGAAGAUUCACCAGGAAGUGGACAAAACUGCAUGGCUGCUUCCUCCACAAGCACUCAAUGCUUACUACCUGCCCAACAAAAACCAGAUGGUUUUUCCUGCUGGAAUUUUGCAGCCCACUCUCUACAAUCCAGAGUUUCCUCAGUCUUUGAACUAUGGAGGAAUUGGUGCCAUCAUCGGGCAUGAGUUAACACAUGGCUACGAUGACUGGGGGGGACAGUAUGAUCGUUAUGGGAACCUGAAACAGUGGUGGACAGAGGAAUCCUACUACAAGUUUCAGAAAAAGGCAGAGUGCAUUGUCCAUCUUUAUGAUAACUUUACAGUCUACAACCAAAGGGUCAAUGGCAGGCUAACUUUGGGAGAGAACAUCGCAGACAUGGGGGGACUUAAACUCGCUUACUAUGCUUACCAGAAGUGGGUUAGAGAGCACGGCCCAGAGCGUCCCCUUCCUGGACUCAGAUACACACACGAGCAGCUGUUCUUCAUUGCCUUCGCGCAGAACUGGUGCAUGAAGAGACGGACACAAUCGAUCUACCUGCAGCUGCUGACAGACAAGCAUGCGCCAGAGCACUGCAGAGUCAUCGGGAGUGUCUCACAGUUCGAAGAGUUUGGCCGUGUAUUUCAUUGCCCCAAGGCUGCGCCAAUGCAUCCUGUCCACAAGUGCUCCGUCUGGUGAUUAACUGAACACAACACAAAAUGUUUUUUUAGCCUCAUCU